CAGGCAUAGCAGCCUAAGCCCAGUGGGAACAGCGUCACUCCUCUUGGCAUAUUAACCAGCGCCCACUGUAAGCGCCAAACACACCGCGACGGAGGACGUCAGGCUCGCGUCCCAUCCUCUGAGCGAAAUGCUCCGCGUACCGGAUCUCACUCACGCUAUUCUCCCGGAUUCCGUCCGGCGUUUCGGCGAGGGGGCAUUCACACGCACAGGCAUACAAGCGGGAUAAAGAACUCCUCGAUGAAGUAGGGAGGGUAAAUUCAGAAUAAGACCAAAAAAAAUUAACAAAAAAAAAGUGGAAAUAGGUAUCACUCCCCGUCCCCGGUCCGCGCGUAGAGGAUGCAAGAGGAGUCAGCACAAAGACGCAACAUCUGCAACUUCAGGAUUUACUUGUAAAGACGUCUUUUUUUAUUUUUUUUAUUGGAGGUCGCGGAAUUAUAAGUAAACAUGCCUGUGAGAAGGGGUCACGUUGCGCCGCAAAACACGUUCCUUGGAUUAAUCAUCCGGAAAUUCGAGGGUCAGAAUCGCAAAUUUGUCAUAGCCAAUGCGAGGGUGGAGAACUGUGCGAUUAUAUACUGUAACGAUGCUUUCUGUGAGAUGACGGGCUUCUCAAGACCAGACAUCAUGCAGAAGCCCUGUACCUGUGACUUUCUCCAUGGGGAUCUCACCGACAAGGAGGCGAUCAACCAGGUGGCGCAGGCUGUGCUUGGCUCCGAAGAGCGCAAGGUGGAGAUCACCUACCACCGGAAGGAUGGGUCUGACUUUCAGUGUACUACUCACAUAAUCCCAGUGAAGAAUGAAGAAGGAGUGGUGAUGAUGUUUAUCUUAAAUUUUGAAUAUGUUGUGGAUGAAGGAAGUGACCACUCCACCGAGAACAUAAGCCCUGCAUCCCCUACAAAGUCAGAUCAAAGAAGGAGCAGAUUCUUUCGCUUCCGUCAGGUCGCCUUGAGCCUGAUGAACACCAACAAGCAAUCUCUUCCACAAGAGGACCCAGACGCCGUGAUGGUGGAUUCUCCCAAAGAAGAUGAGGACUCGGUGGCCAUGGAGAGCUUUCCUUCACCCACAAAGAGCAUUUGCAGUCCUACUGAGGCCAAUGACACGCGUGCCCUCAUAAGUUCUAGCCACCACUCUUCCCAGGCUAGUAUCGGCCCUGAACCACUUGAUCACUCAUCCCUGAAAGUCCCCUGGGACAAGCUGUACCAGACAGAGCCUCACCAGUCCUCCACCUCCCUGUCAAACACCUUCCCCAGAGGCAGCACCGGCAGCAUGAGGAGAGCCUCAUCCAUCCAUGAAAUUGAGGGCUAUAGCUCCAAUUCAAAAAGUGUAUUUAGGGACCGACAUACAAGUGAAGGCCCUUUCAACCACGUGAAGUCCAGUCUGCUCGGCUCUACCUCUGAUUCAAACAUCAACAAGUACAGCACCAUCAACAAGAUCCCCCUGAUUGCUCUCAACUUCACGGAGGGCACUGAUAAGAAAGCUCAUUCUCCCCCAACCUCUGAGAAAGCCAUCAUAGCACCAAAAGUCAAAGACAGAACUCACAACGUCACAGAAAAAGUUACACAGGUCCUUUCCCUUGGAGCUGAUGUACUUCCAGAGUACAAACUGCAGGCACCUCGCAUAGAUAAGUUCACCAUCCUCCACUACAGCCCCUUUAAAGCAGUAUGGGACUGGCUGAUCCUGUUGCUGGUCAUCUACACAGCAAUCCUCACUCCUUACUCUGCUGCUUUCCUACUCAAUGACCAGGAGGAGCAGAGGAGACGUGAAUGUGGCUACUCCUGCAGCCCUCUCAAUGUAGUGGAUUUGAUGGUGGACAUCAUGUUCAUUAUUGACAUCCUCAUAAACUUCAGGACCACCUAUGUUAACCACAACGAGGAAGUGGUUAGCCAUCCAGCUAAGAUAGCGAUCCAUUACUUCAAAGGCUGGUUCCUCAUCGAUAUGGUUGCAGCAAUCCCCUUUGAUCUUCUGAUCUUUGGCUCGGGAUCUGAUGAGACAACCACUCUCAUUGGCCUGCUAAAGACAGCGAGGCUCCUACGAUUGGUGCGUGUCGCAAGAAAGCUGGACCGUUACUCUGAGUACGGAGCUGCUGUUCUGAUGUUGCUCAUGUGUAUCUUUGCCCUAAUUGCCCACUGGCUGGCCUGUAUAUGGUAUGCUAUCGGCAAUGUGGAGAAGCCCUACCUAGAGCACAAGAUUGGCUGGCUCGACAAUUUGGCAUUGUCCAUAGGGAAGAGAUACAACUACAGCGAUCCUAACUCUGGUCCCUCCAUCAAGGACAAGUAUGUCACCGCCCUUUACUUCACUUUCAGCAGUCUCACAAGUGUGGGCUUUGGGAAUGUUUCCCCCAAUACCAACUCAGAGAAGAUCUUUUCCAUAUGUGUCAUGUUAAUUGGUUCCCUCAUGUAUGCCAGUAUUUUUGGAAACGUCUCUGCCAUCAUCCAGAGACUGUACUCUGGGACAGCCCGCUACCAUGCUCAAAUGUUACGGGUCAAGGAGUUUAUCCGCUUUCACCAGAUCCCAAACCCUCUCAGGCAACGGUUAGAAGAGUACUUCCAGCACUCAUGGACCUACACCAAUGGCAUUGACAUGAACACGGAGGUGUUGAAAGGUUUUCCUGAAUGCCUGCAGGCAGAUAUCUGCCUCCACCUUAACAAAAAUCUUCUAGAGAACUGUAAAGCUUUUCAAGGGGCAACCAAAGGGUGCUUGAGGGCCUUGGCCAUGCGCUUCAGAACCACUCAUGCUCCUCCUGGAGACACUCUGGUCCACAGCGGCGAUGUUCUAACAGCUCUCUACUUUCUGUCACGGGGCUCAAUUGAGAUACUAAAGGAUGACAUUGUGGUAGCCAUUCUAGGAAAAAAUGAUAUAUUUGGAGAAAUGAUCCAUCUUUACACCACACCUGGGAAGUCCAAUGCAGAUGUGCGUGCUCUGUGUUACUGCGACCUGAGUACCAUUCAGAGAGAAGACCUGCUGGAGGUGCUGGAUAUGUACCCAGAAUUCUCUGACUAUUUCUUCAACAACCUGGAGCUUACCUUCAACCUCAGAGAUGAUCCAACAAAGUCUGUUGGUGUCCAAGAGGGUGAUCCAGAUGCUGAUGAUAAUAGAAGCAUGAAAAGAAGAAUCUCGUUCACCCCAGAUAUACCUACAGAGGAAAACAAAGAAGCAGAUAAGGAUAUUCAAAAAGAGAAAGGCUCUAACUCCUGCCUGAAAAAGUGCUCAGUGGCCCUGGGUUCUUCCUCACUCAGUGUUCCAGUCCUGGACUCGGACCUUAUUGUGAGAGACGGCUUAGACAGAAGACCCUCUAUAGAAGAUCUGCGCUGUGAUAAAUGGGCCUGUAAGAAGCCUGAGGACUACCUGGAUGAGUCAGCACAGAUCCAGGACCAGAGAGAGGACGAUAAUUCUGCCAGCGAAAUCACAUACGGCGAGGUGGAACAACGCUUAGGUCAGCUUCAGGAGCACUUAAACAGGUUGGAGUCGCACUUGAUAUCAGAUAUUCAAACCAUCCUGCAGAUGCUGCAGAGACAGCCGACUCUAGGACCCCCCGCCUACAGCACUGUGACAGCCAGUCCAGAAUAUCAAAGAUCCGCUGUGAAGGUUCAGCCAGUUGCUCUGUCUGCAAGCCAUUUAUUCAGCCAUACAGACACUCAAGGCCUCAGCCAAAAACUGGAGAGCACCAUUGAGGAAUCCAAAGACUCAGUGUCCAGCAUGGCCAUUGUGAAUGCACCCAUAGAGGACAGCCUUACAGCAUUUUUUCAACAAAGACAUGCAGACAUGCAUCAGCAAGAACAACAGAUCCCAGUACAUCAACAGCCAGCGCUGAUCCCUCUUCCAACUCAAACCUCAUCUGCCUCCUGCUCUUCUGCGCUUCCCUCUGGCCCUGACCACGCCUCAGAAAGACACCACAGACAUGUCUCAGACUCUGAGGUUCCCAGGACAUAAAUUCUCAGCAGCACCAUAUGAUAAUAUUGGAAUUAUUAUGCUGUAAUUAAUAAGUAGCACUCUUUUGUUUGUUUGUUUUAUCAGCAUGCUGGCACAGACAUCUGCCUCUUAAAGUGGCUAUGUUAAAGAAAGGAGAAUAUAUUUCAUUGUGCAUGUGGUGAAAAUGUUUCUUUCCCUCUCUUCCUGUCCUUUUGGAAGAAGGAAACUAACAAGAGUUGCAUAUUUUGGCACUUUUUAAAAAAGAUAUUUAAACGUGAACUCAUUUUAUCCUAAAAAUCCACGACAACUUUUUUAUUGUCAUUAACAGUUGGUUUUAUUAGAGCAAAGAUAGUUCGCAUAUUAAGAGUUUUGUAAGAUUGUUCCUAAUAUUCCACUUUAGCUUUCACAGUCAGUUCCAUAAGAGUGGGACAACAGAUCAGGGUCAACCAGAAUGAAGAGCAAUCAUCUACUGAUGGUAGAUGGUUGCUACUAUCAAUAGAUGGUAGCAACCAUCUACCAUCUAGAUGGUCACUAGUGGUGACCUACCUAGUAUGGUAGGUCACCAGUCUUACCAUUAACACAUUUAUUUACCAAUACAGGGAAAACCAAUGUGACAAUCAGAGAGCAAUGUGUCACUCUGUAACAGUUCUAAACAAGAAAACCUGACUGACCUACCUCACACAAUUGCUGGUCUCUCAUAGAAACCAGCAACUUCUGCGUUAUUUCACCACAUACAAGGUUUUUUAUUUACUCUCGUGUCAGUUGUUCCAAAACUUGACUCAAAUCAUUUUAUAUUUAAAAUCUUGUUUUUUGAGGGAUUGAUAAACAUCUUUUUGUGAGAUUUUCGGAAAAAUAUCACUGACUGUUAAAAAUAUAUAUAUUUUUUUUCUGAUCUGGCAGAUGGAGACAGUGAUGGUGACAGGGAGUCACACAAACUCCCUAAAUGCAGAGAUAGGAUUAAAAGCAAGACAUAAGUAAGUCGAGCUGACAGGUGUUUGCUGCCAGGCUGCCACUUGUGUAGAAAAGAAGAGUGCACUGGUAGCAGAAAGCUACCAAUGCACCGGUAAUCCAUGGAUACUCAGGAUUUUGAAAUGAGGAUAGUUAGCAUAAGCUCAGCAAGAUUAAACAAUAUGAGGUUGGAAAGCUGUGGGCUGGUCCAAUGAGUCACAAUUUCAGCAGGGAUAUUUAAAUUGUAGGGUCAGAAUUUGGUGUAAAUAUCAAAGUUUGAAUUCAUCUUGUCUCGCAUCAACAGUUAAAGUUGGUGGUGGUGUAUUGGAGAUAAUUUCUGGGUACCAAAUGAACAUUGUCUAACCAGCAUAGGCAUAGAGUACUAUUGCUGACCAUGUUCUUUAUGAGCAUAACAUACCCCUCUUCUGACGACUUCUUCCAGGAGGAUAAAGCUCAGAGUAACAACACCCAAAUCAUCUCCAACUGUUUUGAACAUCACAAUGAGUUCAUUCAACUCCACCUUCCUCCACAGUCAACAACCCUCAAUCUAAGAAAGCACCUUUGGGAUGUGGUAGAACAUGAGAUUUGCUUCAUGAAUGUGCAGCUGACAAAUCUGCAGUAACUGCAUGAUGCUGUCAUGUCAAUAUGAAUCAAAAUCAUGGUUUUGGCACCUUGAUGAAUCUUUGCCACAAAAGGUGUACCUAAUAAAAUGGCCAGCAUGUGAUUUUUCUAAUAACUCACUAGGACGCAUCUACUGUAUAACCUGCUGCCAAAUCAUGUAGCACUUUAUCAAUCAUUGUUAAUGUUUCAAGCAAAAAGCAAGGACAAAAAAAUGAAGCUUUUGGCCAACAUUGUUAAUGCCGGUUGUUGACAGGCCGUCAGUCUCUUCAAGUCUGGUAGGCAGCUGGUGAGCACAGAUGUUUGUUCAAACUGUUGACCCUCUGCAGCCUGAGACUUUGAAACUGAGGGCGUGAGCCAACACAAGGCCUGGCACUGCUUUGUGUCCUCAUUAGAACCUGAAGUGUGAGGAGGUGACUUUGUUACAGCAGGGAAAAUGAUGACGCAGCGGUUCUUUUUCCAUUUUCUGAAAUCUCUGCAUAGUACCUGACACUAAGGGUCUGACAAGCCAGCGGGGAAAAGAAAAAAAAAACGCAUUCUGCAAAAUUCCUCUCCUGGGACAGGGGAUAUCGCAUGAUACUGACUACAUGGAUACCCUUAACAGUCACAGCUGAAUCUGAUCAUUAUACCCCAUCUAUACUGUAGUCUGAAUACUGUGUGGGUUACACAAACUAUUUCCUAGAACUUUUAGAGCGAUUCAGCAUUACUACUGAGGUUUGUGAACAGUUUUCUCAUCCUUAGCUGUAUGCCUAUAUUCUUUGCAGUGUGACUCAGGGGCUAUGGAUAAUUGCACUGCAACAUACAUCACAGUACACUAUAUAUUUAAAUGAUGUGCAUUAUUAUUAUUGCAAUCACUGAUGUGCACCUACUGUACUAUAGUAACCAGAAUGUACCGUGCAUGCUUGUUUGAGCAAAUAUCAUAACAUGCAGAUUUGAGGAUUAUCUGCUGUUAUCCCUGCCUCGGACACGCAAGUACGAUGCAGUGCAUGUGUUGUAAAUUCUAUUUAUAUACUGUUUUGCACUGAUUUCAAGCCCAAAGUAGCACAACAUAAAAUGAUGUCAGCAUUCAUGUGUUUUUUUUUAUGUAUGUUAAGAUAUGAUGUGGCAGAAAAAGACAAAAUUAAAGAUGGGAUUUCACUUAAUCGUACAGUAGGAUCUGUUCUAAAGAAGGCUCCAAACAGGGACUUGUACCUAUACAACCAGUCCAAAUGAUGAGUCAGCCAUCUUUAUAAGUAACAAAAUCACAUUCAUGAAUCCCAUUAUAUGCCCAUGUUAUUUGGGAUAAUAUCUACCUUACUAAAUAUUAUGGAGCAGCUGUAAAAUAAAUAAUAUAUUAUUGUAUGAUGUAAAUAGUAUUUUUUACUCUAUCAUUUAUUUAUGAGAUUCUGUAAAACAAUAGAUAAUGCUUGUUUUGAAACUAUGGAAGCAAUAAAUGAAAAAGUGUUGAA